CGCUGCAAAAAUUUGCAUCCCAAAAUGGAUUUUGUAGUAGUUUUGUAAGAUUUUCCUUUAAUAGUUGCGUCUAUUUGUGAUAUUUUGUAGAUCAGAAGUGUUCGUGAGUGAAUUCGAUCGGGAAUGGUUGUGGAUUAUCAGUGAUUUUGUGGGUGGUUGAAAUUGAUGCAAAAUGAAGCUCGUAACGGACGCUAGCUGUGAUGCGUUGGAACCGGUCCGGAUUGCCAUUCGUGAGCGUCCGCCCAGUGGUAGUGACGAUUUGGAGAACAUCAUUCAGCAUCACAGUGCAAAUGACCAGAUUUUGAUUGUCGAUGAGCGGCCGUUUGCGUUCGAUUAUGUGUUUCGACCGGAGGCCACGCAGGGGCUGGUUUAUGACUCGUUGAUCCGCCCGUUGGUGGUGAAGAUGAUCAAUGGGUUCUACUGUACGGCACUGGCCUACGGACAAACGGGCACGGGAAAGACGUACACGAUGGGUCUGCAGUGGGAUCACAGUGGACCGCACGAUAUAAAUCGGGGCAUGAUAACGCGGGCGUUGGAUCAAACGUUCGAGCUGCUGAAGGAAUCCCGCGAUCAGGAGGAUUACGAGAUUCAGGUGUCGUUUAUUGAGAUUUACAAUGAGAAGAUUUACGAUUUGCUGUCGGAUAGUUCAACGGAACCGGUGAAUACACGGGGUCUUAAGUUCAAUGGUGGAACGAAGAAGUUAGUCACUCGGGCGAAUCAAGCCCAGGACAUUCUGCUGGAAGGGAAUAAAAAUCGGCACGUACGACCAACGAAAAUGAACACCCUGAGUUCGCGUUCGCAUGCCAUUUUCAGCAUUCACGCUUCGGUGGCUCAUGACGAUGCAAGAAUUGUAUCGGCUUUACAUUUGGUGGAUCUGGCCGGAUCGGAAGGCGUUCGUCGUACCGGACAUCAAGGCGUGGCGCUGACCGAAGGUGUUCAUAUCAAUCAGGGCCUGUUGAGCAUCGGUAAAGUGUUGCAAGCACUUUCGAUUGGAAGCAAAGUGAUUCCGUACCGAGAUAGCAUUCUGAGCACGGUGCUGCAGGAUUCGCUAAACUCCAACUCUUAUCUGACACUGCUGGCCUGUAUUAGCCCGAUGCCGGAGGAUCUCAGCGAAACGCUGUCGACGAUUCGAUUCGCCCAGGGGGCGAAAACGCUGAAAAACAAUCCCCAGAUCAAUGCCAUAGCGGCGGAACUUAAGGCAAAAGAGCGCACUCGUACCCCAGCCAAGAACUACGUUCCCGGUUCCAGUGCACUCAAAGUCAGGAACCCCAAGACACCCAAGUCGGCAGCCAAGCGUCCCCACGUGCCCGGAGGAUCAUCGGCCAAGAAAGUCCACAGCAACACUUUCUGCACACCGAGCAAAAUCCGCAAGCUUGACUAUGGCAAACUUAAUUCAACCAUUGCACCGGGUGCCUUUGGCAAACCUGUCCCGCCACCACCGGUUGCUCCGAUAAUAGUAGCUCCACCGACGAAGGCUGCAUUACAGAAGGUGCAAGCCAUGAUGCCACCACCGUUGCCGGCCGUUCCUCGGUUCAGCGACAUGCUGGAAAAGGACUUUGAUGCCAUUCUUCCCGACUCAAGAUCAUCAAUUUUCAGCUUGAAUUUGUCCAGCUCGACCUCCGUGGACCAUCCGAUUUGUUCCUCCAGUGCGGUUAGCCAGAGUACAAAUUCCAGCUACAGCCCACUCGUGAAAAAGUGCAUGGAGACAUUCGAGGCCACAAUCGAGCAGAAACUCGCGAAAAUGUUCGAGAAAAUUCAACACAUCCAACCGGCAGCGGCAUUGCCACCGGUUGCGCCAUCUCCAGCGAUAGCAGUUCCUUCUACCCCCUCGUCUAAUCCACCGAUAGUGAUCGAUUGCAGCUCGCAGCAAUCGGAUAUCAACAGCAACGCAACACCGGCUCCAGCUGCUAGUGCCAUUCCUUGGGACCUGAUCCGCCGGGAGAUUCAGGAAGCAAUUCGUUCCGAGAUGAGUACCAUCAACGAGUCCACCCAUCUUCCGAAAUUCGAGAGCACUCCCUGUCAGGUGCAAACUGAGCCACGUACUGCUUCAAUGAGCGUUAAGCAGCGGCUUAAUCCUGCUUUGCAACGUUUACGAGAUCAGGCCAAGAUGGCAACGGCGGCGGAUGAUUCAACCGGGGAAGUUGGACUGAACAGCACGGUUGUGGUAAAUACGAAAACUCCCCGUCGCUUCGAAGUCAUUAACGUCGAUAGCGACGAGGAAGAAGGGGGUAAUGCUGACGAAGAUGGUGUGGUUGUUCGACGUAGACUGUCCAACAGACUUUCCGGUCAGCGUAAGGCAUUCGGAGUGAUCGAUGCAAACGUAAGCUACCAGCAGGUUUCACUUGGUACCACAAAGACCGUACAAAUGCGAAGCGAAGACAGCUAUCUCUGGGAGGUGGAAAAUGGACAGGUCCGUCGCCGUAGUACGCGGAUUUCGUUGCGAAAGACUACGGUCCAUCAGCACAGGAAAGGAUGCUGUCAAUCGGCGAAAAAAAAGAAACAACGCUUCGAGCCGUUGAUUGAGGACGAGAAGGAGAAUUUGGAGCAAGCGAACGUGACAAUCAAGAGGAGGGCCAAUCCCCUCACGAUCAGCAAUAAGGUGAUUGCUGGGUACUUCCACCAGACACCGGGCAGGGGUAAAAAGGAACCCAAGAUGACAGCCUCCAAGCAUGGUAAAGCAGUACUGGAUCUCGUCAACCGUGGCAGCAUCAAGGAGAUGCAGAUUCUACCAACCGUUGGGUUGAAAAUGGCCUAUCAGAUUGCCACCCAUCGCACCAUCAAUGGCAAGUUCAAAAAGAUCGACGAUCUCGCGAAGCUUUUCGUCGGAGGCAAGAAGUGGAGCAAAUUUCUCGAGGCGAAUUAUAUUUCCUGAAGCUUUUCGUUUGAGUGCAAGCUGUGAAUCAUAUAGUAAAAAAAAAGUACGUUCUCGUCGUUUUCCUUAUCACUUAUAAUAGUGCUUAGUCCAGUAAGUUUCAUUCCGCUUC